AGGCAUGUUUUAAUGAGGGAUAUUAAUUUUGUUUCAGUGGUUUGUGUCGGCUGUGCGCUUUCAGCUCGAUGCGCAUCCGGAAAGGAGGGAGGGAGCAUGCUGCUGCACCUCUUGGUACUUAGCACCGCCCUCGCGGCAGCUACCACCGGGAAGCACGGAGGAGUAGAAGUGCCAGAAUUCGGAGAGCCGAUCACAAACCUAACAAUACCUAUUGGACGCGACGCUACUUUCAAAUGUAUUGUCGUCAACCUUGGCAACUAUAGAGUCGGCUGGGUGAAAGCAGACACGAAAGCCAUCCAAGCCAUUCAUGAGCACGUGAUCACACACAACCCCCGCGUGUCCGUGUCGCACGCGGACCACUCGACGUGGUAUCUGCACAUCAAGAACAUGCAAGAGGAAGAUCGGGGGCAAUACAUGUGUCAGAUCAACACGGAUCCUAUGAAGAGUCAAAUGGGCUUCCUAGAGGUGGUGAUACCACCAGACUUCGUGCCAGAGGAGACUUCUGGUGACACGAUGGUGCCGGAGGGUGGCACUGCCCGGGUGGCGUGCAAGGCUCGGGGGGUGCCGCUGCCGCGGGUGAUGUGGAAACGCGAGGAUGGCCAGGAAAUCGUAGUGCGAGACCAUACGGGAUCUAAGACCAAAGUACUAACAUACAACGGGGAGGUACUCAAGCUUACGAAGAUAUCCCGUUCGGAAAUGGGCACAUACUUGUGCAUCGCGGGCAACGGCGUCCCGCCUACGGUCAGCAAGAGAAUUCACAUCAGCGUACACUUUCACCCAGUGAUCCAAGUGCCGAAUCAGUUGGUAGGCGCUCCGCUCGGCACUGAUGUCACGCUUGAGUGUUACGUGGAGUCAUCACCCAAAUCCAUCAACUACUGGGUUAAAGACCCUGGUGAGUUGAUAAUACCCUCGGAGCACCACGAGAUGACGGUGAGGCAGAAAUCCAUGUUUGAGGCAGAGAUGACGAUGACAAUCAAGAACAUCCGACGCGACGACCUGGGCAGUUACAUCUGCGUUGCCAAGAACUCACUCGGCGACGUGGAAAGCAAGAUUAGAUUAUAUGAAAUACCUGGAAACGACAGGCACGUGUACCAGUACCCGGACGAGCGGAUCGUGCCCGACGACGACUACGGAACAGAAGUGUACGAGGACGAGGAACAUGAAGAGAAGAGCAACCGGGUGCCCGACCGGGCCAACAAAUGGUACGCAAACGAUGGGAAGGUCGUUACGGCGGCUAACGACGCGGCCAAACCCGCUUACAUGAUAGCGUUCUUCCUAACUGUACUCGAAACACUAGUGGUAUAAUUAUGCGUUGCGUAUCUGUGUUAUUUUUAGGCCUAGUAGGGUUGCGAAUUCAAUUACUUAUCGAUGUCGAUAAGACAUUAGUCUCUUACGUACUUGUUGGUAAUUUUCUCUUGUCUUACCUACGAGGAUAAGUGCUAAUCGCGAUCGUUAUGAUGUUUUGUUUCUCAUUAAAAAUAACCUGUUACUAAAAAAAAAAAAACAAUUCAUAGCUACUGUAAUGUUCCUAUCUUGGAGGCCCAUAUUUUCAAAAACCUGUAUUUUAACGAUUACAAACGAUUACCAAUUUUUUUGAUCUUAUUAAACAUAAGAAUGCCAAAUCGAAUAAAAAUAACGAAUUAACGACGAAGAUUAUUUUUUACAAAGUAUGAUUGAGUUUACAUUAAAUAGGGUAUGAUUAAUUUAAUACAGCAGAAAAAACUCAAAAAUCUGUCAUCAGUACAUACCGAAAUGGAGUAAUGGUCAGUAAUUUAAAUACGGAGAAUAAUCGCGCAAAUUGUGCAUCGCAGCUUUGUGAUUAAGUAAGUUUUAAUAAAAUGUAUUUUAUUUUGGAACAAUGUAUUUACAAUAAAAGCUGCAUACCAGUGUCGUAAUUCCAUCAGCAUGUAACGUGAUAAUAACUAGUUUUAAUGUGUAUAUAAAUUAUAUUAAGGAAUAUCUACAGUGUUGUCUAUAAUAGUUAUUCAGAUAUCUACAUAUUUGUUAAGUAUUAUGAAGGAGCAGUGUAAAUUAAGGCAGUUUAUUAAUUAAUGUAACUUGGGCCUUGUAUAUUGCAAACAUUAUCUUAAGUAGAGUUUAUAAUUUGAUUGAUAAAUAUUUUUUAAGAACUCAUGUUAUUCAAUUGUAUAUACUUUGGAAAUGUUAAAUAUCGUAAUUGAAUCAAGAAUACUAAAUAUCUAAAUAGAUAACUGUCGGAAAUGGAAUUAAUGUAUACCUAAUUAUCUAAUCACUGUACGGAUCCAAGACACUGACGAUGAAGGUGGGAAUGACGAGAGAGAAAUUCUGAAAUAUAUUUUUCAACUAAGAGUCUGUUGAAAAUAACAUACUUAAUCGACAGGAAAUGUUUCUGAUAGAAAUGUUACCGUAUUUUUUUUUUAUUCUGCUAGUUCUGACGGCAGUAGAACGGACUGUGGUCGGAAAAAUCGAGAACCAUACCAUUGCCUAUAAGAUAUAGGACCUACCUUUGCAUGUAAAAUACAUACCGUCAAACCUCCCAAGUGACUCCCAAGUAUAGUCCAAUACCUACUACAACAACUGUGGUUUACAAGUUCAAUACGUUCAAGAUUGUUUUCUCGUUUAUGAAAAAACUUCGCCUUAGAAUAGGGCCAAUAGGGUAUUUGACUGUAUUUAAAAUUAAUUAUUUCACACCAUCCAUGAAAUAAAGCAGCUAAUUAUUAGAAGUCUUAAUAAAUAAAUCUAAAUCUAUGGUUAUACAUAGAAGUUAUUUUUAAACAAAAGUUCUAUUUAAUAAAUCGGAUAGAACUAUAAUAAUCGGCCAAGAGCAUGUUGGGCCAUGCUUAGUGUAGGAUUUAGUAGUUCCAAGCAUUAAGCAUUUGCAGCGCUUGUACGUCUUUUUACUAGGAAAAGAAGAUUUUUUGCAAUAACUCAAAAGCGACUGGACAGAUCAUGUUCGCCAUAGAUUUCAUUGAAAGUAUUUAUUAAGCUUUUAUUUCGCGAUUUUUUUCAUAUUUUUUGGACCAAUGGUUAAAAAGUUAGAGGGGGAGACACAUAUUUUUGUUAUUUCGCAGCGAUUAUUUCCGAAAAUAUUAGGUAAAUAUAUCAAAAAAUGGUUUUUGAAAACCCUUUUUCGUUUUAAAGCCAAACACAAAGCAAAAAAUAGGUGAGUUGACCGUGACAUCAUUGUGUAAAUGUUUCAUAUAAAUUCCAUAUUAGCAUAUCGUUUUGACAGUUCUAAAAACGAAACUGAUUUGACUAGUAGGAGAAUACCCUAUUGGUUUACUCAAACAAUACCUAAUCUCACCUAA